AUGCUCUUUCCAUGGGUGUGCCUCCUCCUGGGGCUGCUAGGACUCGCAGCAGCAACAGAGGACAGGCAUACCAACAACUGGGCCGUCCUCGUCUGCGCCUCGAGGUACUGGUUCAACUACCGCCACAUGGCCAACACGCUCGCCAUGUACCGCACGAUCAAGCGGCUGGGUAUUCCCGACUCGAACAUCAUUCUCAUGCUUGCGGACGAUGUCGCGUGUAACGCACGCAACGUCUUCCCCGCCACAGUGUACGCCAACAAGGACCGUCACCUCGACCUGUACGGCGACAACGUCGAGGUAGACUACCGCGGGUACGAGGUGACUGUGGAGAACUUUUUGCGUCUCAUGACAGGUCGCUUGAGUGACAAUGUGCCCCCCAACAAGCGUCUGUUGUCGGACGCGUCAUCCAACGUCUUCGUCUACCUCACCGGCCACGGAGGCAACGAGUUCCUCAAGUUCCAGGACAACGAGGAGAUGAGCGCGUUUGACAUUGCGGAUGCCGUCGAGCAGAUGUGGGAGAAGAAGAGGUACAACAAGCUGCUGUUCAUGAUCGACACGUGCCAGGCCAACACGAUGUACUCGCAGUUCUACUCGCCCAACGUGAUCGCGACUGGCUCUAGUGAGCUGGGUGAAAACUCGCUCAGCCACCACAACGACAUGGACAUUGGCGUCGCUGUCAUUGACUCGUUCACCCACUUUGUCCUCGAGUACAUUGAGCCCUUGAACAAGACGUCCCGCAACACGCUGCAGAACCUGUUCGACACGUACGACUACGACAAGAUCCACAGCACCGCCGGCGUCUCGUCGCACCUGUCCACUACACCGCCCAGCGAGAUCCUCAUCACCGACUUCUUUGGCGGUGUCGCUGGUGUGGAGGUUGAGCAGCCCGCUACUGCUCCCGAGGGCGAUGUCGCGAUCGGAGCCGGAUGGGAGUCGUCGGAAGGCGCAUUCCAUCGCCAAGACUCUGCGCGCACGUUUAGGAAGAUUGCGACGACCGAGACGGCCGGCUUGCCAUUCACGCCCACCUCGUCCACUCCCAUCCGGGGUAUCCUGGGCGCGGCCGUCCUCGUCGGCGCCGCCGCCCUCGCAUUCUCACAUAGCAGGUAG